UCUGGAUGAAUUUGAAGUCCAAAACCAGAUAUCCGUGUAUGUCUACGCCUAUGUCGAUCAGGGAGUGCACGUGUCGCGACCCGCAAAACUGGAAUUCGAAAAGAAAAUUCAUCUUUUGGAGGUUGAUGAGCAUUUUUUUGGAAUAAAGUCCCUCGAACGCUUGUUGACAACAAGAAGUAACCAUUUUGUAUGCGAACGCUGCACACGCUCUUUCGUGAAGGAAGAGAGCAUGGCGAAACAUCGACGCCUUUGCACGGACAUAAACGAAAUCCUGUUGGAAUUUUGCGAGCCGGGAAAAAAUUUUGUAGAGUUUACUAAAAUACAGUACAUGCAACAGUACAACUAUGUCGUUGCGUUGGACACUGAGAGCGUACUCGCACCCAGUGGUGUUGGCAUGCAACGUCACAUUACCUCUAGCUUCUGUGCUGUGCUCGUGCGUACCCAUGACUCAAAGGUGAUGCGCAUUAGAACACACCAUGGGGAAGAUGCGGCAAAGCAGUGUGUGAAGGCACUCAUGGAAAUGCGUGAUGAAAUGAUUGCCUUGAACGCCUGCCCCGCUGCAAUGGUGUUGAGCGAUGAACAACAGGCCAAGCACAGAGCUGCUACCCACUGCGCAUACUGUAAACGGGAAUUCGCGAAAGACCUACCUCGUGUCCGGCAUCAUGAUCAUUCGAAGCAUUGUACUGCGGGUGAGACAAAUUAUAUCGCUACACUGUGCAACCCCUGUAACGUCGCGUGCACUACCAGAGAAAAAUUGCCGAUCAUGGUCCACAAUUUGUCUUAUGAUCUGGCUGGACUGUUACGGGAAUUUCACGUUCUCGGGUGGAAGCGACCUCCCUUCAUUGUGGCCAGCUCCAUGGAAAAAAUUCGUUCGUUCGAAAUUGGUACCUUCCUCUUCAGAGAUACCAUGCAGUACCUAAAUUCGUCGUUGGGGGACCUCGUGGAAACCGUCAAAUCCAUGGGGGGAGCCGAGGCAUUCCAAUGCUUGAAGCAGGUAUUUGGAAAGGACUACGAAAUUUUACUUCGUAAAGGUGUAUUCCCGUACAGCUAUGUCAGUUCUUUCGCAGUUUACGAUGAAUUGACCUUGCCAGAAAAAUCCUUCUUUCGAAACGAUCUCACGGGGGAGGAUAUAAGUGAGGAGGACUACCAGUAUGCAUUGCUCGUAUUUGAACAUUUUGGGUGCCCAAAUUUGAGGGCUUAUAAUGCAUUGUACCUGAAAACGGAUGCCAUAUUACAUGCGGACGUGAUGCAGCACUUCCGACGUCUGUGCUACAGCGCACGCGGAUUGGAAUUGCUUCAUUGUGUUUCUCUGGCAUCCUAUUCGUGGCAAUGCGCCCUAAAUUACACGCAGGCAAAAUUGGAAUUGAUCACCGAAGAGGACAUGUACAGAACUAUCGAAUCGGGCGUUAGAGGUGGGCUCUGUCAGGCGAGCAGGCGUCAUUUGCAGGCUAACAACCCUCAGUGUAGUGGCUAUGAUCCCGAUAAAGAGGAGGUGUACAUAUCAUACAUAGAUUGCAACAAUCUUUAUGGAUUUAGUAUGAUAAAGCACCUCCCCGUCGGUGAUUUCGAAUGGGUCGAGGAUUUUAGCUCCGUGGAUUUUAUGCGUCACCCCACGGAUUCAGAUGUGGGGUACGUGUACGUAUGUGACUUGGAGUAUCCAAAAUCUAUCCACACUCUAACGAGGUACUUCCCCCUGGCUCCCGAGAAGGCAGUAGUCCCAAAGGAAUGGCUCUCGCCAUUCCAGCGAGGGCUUCUCGAAGAAUUAAUGUAUCAGCCUGCUAACAGCAAAAAGCUGUUGCUUACGUGCAAAGACAAAGUCGAGUACGUUGUUCAUUACGCGCUGCUCGCACUCUAUUGUAGAUUAGGCAUGAGAGUGACAAAAAUUCACAGAAUUCUAAAAUUUCGCCAGGCGCCAUUCCUGCGUCCCUACAUCGAGGACAAUGUUGCCAGACGUGUUGCCUCGGGCACGGCAUUCGAAAAAAACUUCUACAAACUCUCAAAUAAUGCAGUCUUUGGGAGAACACUUUUAAAUAAAUUUAACAUGCGUGAUAUUCGAGUAGCCUUCGAUGAGGAGACGGCGAGUCGCCUCGGGAGUCAGGCAGAAUGCGUGAGGAUGGAAAUUUUGUCCCCGGAUUGUGUCAUGUACGAAAUGCGCAAAAGAAAGGUGCGGUGCGAUUUCCCGCUCUAGAUUGGGUUUACGAUUUUAGAACUCAGUAAAUUAACCAUGUACUCAUUCUACUAUGAAACCUUGCUGAGCAAGCUCACUUGUCCGGUGAUUACCUGUUACUUUGACACGGAUACUCUGAUCCUUGGCCUAUUCUGCAAGGACUACGAAGAUCAGUUACGAGCGAUCGCCGACGACCACUUAGAUUUGUCUUCCUUUGAUCGGGAUCAUCCACUGUACAGUGAAAAGAAUCGUGGAAGACUUGGCGCAUUCAAAAGCGAAACUGGUAGUGUACCUAUCGAAGAAGUAAUAUGCUUGAAAGCUAAAAUGUACUCUAUCAAACUAGCUGGAGAAAAGCAAAUUGCAAGAGCUAAAGGGGUAAAGAAAAAUAUUGUACGCAAGCACCUCCUCCAUGAGACAUACUACGAUACCUUGUUCAAUCACACGAGCGUAUCGAAUGAGCAAGUGUCAAUAGUUGGAAAGAAACAGUGCAUGUACACCAUCAGAAAUGUCAAAAGAAGUCUGAUGGCAUAUGACGACAAGCGAUACCUCUGCAAUGACAUCGAAUCCUACCCUUACGGAAGCUGUGAAUAUGAAGAUGUGCGGGAAGAGAACUGAUACUUCUGUGACAUGCUGUUCUCGCGUGUGGUCUGGGACUGAGCCGUGGAUGGAGAAGGACGAAC